AUGAGUUCCAGUAGGAGAUGGUUAGUUUCACGCCGCUCUAAACUUUACAAUGUGGAAGGGGAAUCCCAGUGUCCAGAGACGGGCACUCACAAAGACGGCUCUUUCGGCCAGCCGCCUUUCCUACGGGGCUCAGAGCGAUACGGCGAGACCGGCAGCGGCGCUCCCUCUGGUCCCCGGGCCCCCCCGUGCCUGCCCGCCACGAGCUCGGCCAGCUUGGCCUGGGCGCUGCGAACGCGCCACCAGCCUGCAAGCCUGGCCCUCCGCAAACAAGAGGAAGAAGAGAACAAGAGGUGCAAGGCCCUGUCCGACAGCUACGAGCUGUCCACCGACCUGCAGGACAAAAAGGUAGAGAUGCUGGAGAGGAAGUACGGAGGCUCCUUUGUCAGUCGGAGAGCGGCCAAGACCAUUCAGACCGCCUUCAGACAGUACCGCAUGAACAAGAACUUUGAGCGCCUCCGAAGCUCGGCCUCAGAGAGUCGCAUGACACGCCGCAUCAUCCUGUCCAACAUGAGGCUCCAGUAUUCCUUUGACGAGCGGCAGCCUCAGCAGCAGGCCCAGACACAGACCAACUUCACCCACAGCGUGGCCAUAGGGCCUCCUCAUUCCCCCGAUCCAGACCGCCCUGGAGACUUCACCCACCUGGAGGACUCCUUCUCCAAGCAGGUAAAGUCUUUAGCUGACUCCAUAGAUGACGCCCUGACCUGCCGCACGGGCCGCGAUGACUCCCAGGAGGGCAGCCGGGAGGGCGGAGGGAACAGCGAGGACUUUGGAGAGUGCAUGUGGAGCAGCAGCAGCAAUCCCUCCUCGCAGAGGGGUUUGGGAGACAGAGUCAGGGGGGCCGGAGGGGGGCUCAGCAUGCACGGCGACAGCACGGCCACCUCCUACAGCGACGUCACCCUCUACAUGGACGACGGCAUGCCCUCCUCCCCUCUGUCACUGGACCGGGCCCCCAGCAGCACGGAUACGGAGUACUGGGGCCCCGUCGGUGGCGUGGGGGGCCGCGAGGACAGCAGGGAUACGGAGGGGGGCGGCAGCAGCAACAGCCGCCGCAGCACGCCGUGCACCGAGUGCAGAGACUACCGGCAAAGAGGCGCGCACCUGCCUCUCCUCACCAUCGAGCCGCCCAGCGACAGCUCGGUGGACAUGAGCGACCGCUCCGACCGGGGCUCCCUGAGCAGGCAGCUGGUGUACGAGCAGGACCCCGUGGUGGGUUCCGGCUCCCCUCAGGGAACGCUGAAAAACUCCCCCAGCACGGCGAGCCGCUCCUCCUCGGCGGCGGCCGCGCAGGGCCAGACCCGGGCCCCCGGCCGCCCCAUCCCCACGCACAUCCCGCACCAGGUGGCGGCCCACCUCCACCACCACCACCACCACCCCAUCCACCACCACCAGUACCCCGACACGCCCUCCUCCUCCUCCUCCCCGCAGCAGCCCCCCACCACGCCGCUGUCCUCCUCCUCCUCCACGGCCCUGCCGCCCGGCGGCCUGGAGCAGCCCUGCUGCUCGGACGGAGACAACGACUCGCUCAACUCCACCACCAACUCCAACGAGACGGUCAACUGCAGCUCCGGCUCCUCCUCCCAGGACAGCCUGAGGGAGCCGCUGCCCCCCCUCGGGAAGCAGACCUACCAGCGAGAGAGCCGGCACAGCUGGGACUCCCCACCGUUCAACAGCGACGUGGUGCAGAGACGCCAGUACCGCAUCGGCCUCAACCUUUUCAACAAGAAACCAGAGAAAGGCAUCCAGUAUCUGAUUGAGAGGGGUUUUGUAUCGGACACCCCCGUUGGAAUCGCUCGUUUCAUCCUGGAGAGGAAAGGCCUCAGCAGGCAGAUGAUUGGAGAGUUUCUGGGAAACCGCCAGAAGCAGUUCAACAAAGACGUUUUAGACUGUGUGGUGGAUGAGAUGGACUUCUCAGGGAUGGACAUCGACGACGCGCUGAGGAAAUUCCAGGCCCAAAUCAAAGUUCAAGGCGAGGCUCAAAAAGUGGAGCGGCUUAUCGAGGCGUUCAGCCAGAGAUAUUGCGUGUGCAAUCCGACCUUGAUACGGCAGUUCCAGAACCCCGACACCAUCUUCAUCUUAGCCUUCGCCAUUAUCCUCCUCAACACUGAUAUGUACAGCCCCAACGUCAAAGCUGAGAGGAAGAUGAAGCUAGAAGAUUUCAUCAAGAACCUGAGAGGUGUAGACAAUGGUCAGGACAUACCCAGGGACCUGUUGGUUGGGAUCUACCAGCGAAUACAGAAAUGGGAGCUGCGGACCAAUGACGACCACGUGUCCCAAGUGCAGGCGGUGGAAAGGGUCAUUGUGGGCAAGAAGCCUGUGCUGUCCCUCCCCCACCGGAGGCUGGUGUGUUGCUGCCAGCUCUACGAGGUGCCUGACCCCAACAGGCCUCAGAGGACAGGAGUGCACCAACGAGAGGUCUUCCUCUUUAACGACCUGCUGGUGGUGACAAAAAUCUUCCAGAAGAAGAAAACCUCUGUGACUUAUAGUUUUAGACAAUCCUUCCCUUUGGUUGAGAUGCAAGUGCACAUGUUCCAGAACUCAUACUACCCACAUGGCGUACGCCUGACCUCGGCGAGCCUGGGAGGGGAGAGGAAGGUUCUUAUUGUCUUUAUGGCACCCAGUCAGCAAGACCGCACCCGCUUUGUCAGCGACCUCAGGGAGAGCGUUGCAGAAGUGCAGGAGAUGGAAAAAUAUCGAGUGGAAUCGGAGUUGGAGAAGCAGAAAGGUGUGAUGCGGCCCAGCUUGCUCACUGGAAGUGUGGUCGGGGGAGGCGUAGGUGUGAAGAGUGAUGUUGUGAACGGCACCUUGGGAAGGACAAGUUUCGACGACAACUGCUCAGUGGGCGAGGGCCUCAAACGCACGGCGCUCAGCUCUUCUCUCAGGGACCUAUCGGACGCAGGGAAACGUGGUCGCAGGAACAGUGUUGGUUCCCUGGACAGUACCAUGGAAGGCUCCAUCAUUAGCAGCCCGCAGCCUCACCAGCGCUAUCCCGUGCCAGCCGUUCUCCCUGGCUGCUAUGGAACAGAAGACUUCCGGCCUCACCGCCCCAUCCUGAGCCCCGGGACAGGGGUGGGGGGUGGGCCGGGGCAGCAACAUACCACUGCUGGGACAGGAGUUGGGGGACUCUCCAGCAGUGUCGAGAGAGCAGGAGCGGGGAGCGGCCCUGGGGGGAGCACCAGCAGCAACAACAGCGGCUCCUUCCUGGGCUCCCUCUUCGGCAGCAAGCGCGCCAAACCCCCAGGGCCCCUUAUUCCACCGGGGCCACCCUACCCCGCGCCUGUGCCCCCACCGACUACGGGAGGGCCCCCGCCUCACUCCCCUUCUUCCCUGUGCCAGUUGGACGGGGGCGCUUCCAAGAUCCAGGCACUGCACGCACAGUACUGUCACGCGGGCGCCGCACAGCCUCCGCCACCUUACUACCAUCACCAUCGCUACCACAUCCAAACUGUCCCUCCUCCUUUGCAAGGUGUGCCUCCUCAUACUUUACAGAGAGGCCCGCUACCCUGUCGCCCGCCGCUUGGGCCACCUCACGUCCAGCACCCCCAGCUGGCCCAUCUGUCCCAGCUCUCCCAGCAUGGGCUUCCGGGUCGCUACAGCAACAUGGUGGUCGGCUGUCCCCCACCCCUUUCUCCUCUCUCCCAACAUUCCCCGAACCCGCCGUUCGCCCUCUACCACGCGCAGCCCACACACUCCAUCAGAGGGGGCGGCGGCCCUGGCACCAAGCCCCCACUAACCUUGUCUCACUCCCACCCCCACCCCCACGCACACUCCCAAACCCACCCCGGACACGCCCAAACACCACACCCGGUCAGCCAUUCCACCCACCAAACACACUUUAUAUUCGGCACGCUGCCCCACAACCUGCCGUCCGGCUCCGUCAAUGCGCAUCACGCAGCGUCCGCCGGCCCGUAUCUGCCCCAGUACCCUCCUCUCUCCUCUAUCCCUCCUCCCCCACCACACUCCCCUUUACCCCCCCCUUCGUCCCCCCUUACCCCUCUUACACCUCUCUCCCCUCACCCCCCCCAGCACCCCGGGCAGCCUCAGCAGGGGCCGCAGGUGACGGGUGCUGGAGCGACCGGUACCGGGGGCAGCUCCAAAUCCAAACCUAUCAACCGGAUAAGCACGGUGGUGUGA